CUUUUGCAACAACAUCGUGCCACGCGUUUUCAGGGAUCGAGACGGCCAUACUCUGACCCGCCGCUGCCCCUGAUGGAUCAAGGUCGAGAUGACGAUCCUCAGAGGUCGCAAGUGCCGCCGCAUGGCGACCGGCGGCAGCAACAUCUCCUCAGCCCUGCCGCGUCCCGUGCGACAUCGGUCGCAGGCCCUUCGACGCCGGGCCUUUUGACGCCCCUGGCGGAGGGCUCGGCCGGCGAUUACUUCGCCCCCUUGAACCAGGCGCCGUCUCACCGUUCGCGACAGUCGGUGCAGUCCCUCAGCCGCUUCCCGAGCCUUACCAGCGCGACGAGCCGUCCGCGCCUGGAGUCCACCAGCCGCCCGAGUAUUCGAAUUCGCCGGCGCAGCUCCGUGGCCUCCAAUGUCAGCAAUAUACCCCCCGAAACACCGGUCGCGCCGUCCGCGCCUGCGCCUACUAGAUCCGAGGGCUACCAUGGCGGCCGGCCGAGGAGCAUAUCGCAGCCGACCUCGGGCGCACGGGUCGGCGACGCGCCGUCCGCCCGAAACUCGCGACGACUACCGCCCCAAACAUCGCUGCCACGCCUGACCGAGGAGGGCUCACGCCCGACAAUGGCCGAGCUCGGGAUUCCCGCCUCGCCGUUAUCGCCGACUGUCUCUUUGCCGGAGCGUACACACAGCCUCGAGGCAGAAGUGGCCGAGCCCAUCGAGGCGAGAGGCAACCGCUUGCGGAGGGUCAGCCGGCUGUUUAUGCCAGGAUUUGCCAGGAGAGAGCAGCAGCAGCCCAUGGAGGCGCCAGCUACCACGCAAGCCGAGGACGAGUAUCACGACCAACUGGUCGACUACCUCGACACAAUAGAUCCCGAAGUCCAGACCCUUUCGACGCUUACCAACGUUCAAAACUCGCUCUUCAUACCCGACCUUGGUAGCUGGGUCAAUCGCAGGCCAACCUAUAUCCUCUCCCCGCGGGACCUGCAACACAUCAGGCCAGUGUCCGCUGAAGUCCCUCCACCGCCGCCAGAGCAACCGCAAAUACCGGAAGAGGUGCCGGAGGGGCAAGAGCCGACCGAGGAGAUGUCGCACCCUUCUAUUCAGCGCUCCGACACGAUUACGUCCCGCCUGACCGACUCUCAUUUCGCAGCGCUGCCGCACGGCCGGACCCUCGAGGGGUGGACAGCCGACGAAAAAUGGGAGCUCGACGAUCAUGUCCGCCACAUGCUGCACUCGCGACGGUCGAGGUUCAAACGCCGGAUGAAGGGCUUCGGCCAGUACGUGCGGAGACCGCUCGGGUUCUUCGUCACUCUCUAUGCGACCCUCAUCACCCUCUUCGGCUUGGCCUGGGUUCUCUUCCUCAUCGGCUGGAUCUACGUGGGCGACCAGCAGCUGUACGUCAUUCACAUCAUCGACAGUGUCUUGGUGGCGCUCUUCGCUAUCAUGGGCGACGGCCUGGCUCCCUUCCGCGCAGUCGAUACAUACCACUUGUUCUUCAUCGUCCGGUACACUCGAAUGAUUGAGAAUGCCGAUAAGAGACCGCGCAAGGGCCUCAUGGCUCGUCUCCGGAGGCGGAAGGCGCCGACGGAGCAGGGCCCGGAGGGGGUGGGUCAAGUGUCGCAGGUACCUCCACAGGUACCCAAUGACGGGACUGUGUUGUGCCAUGACUACGCCAACGGCGCCCCGCCUCCUGCCGUCAUUGCGGACCGUGACGGCCCCGUUUCCCCGGACCUGGAAGAUACCGCGUCGAACAUGAGCGAGAUGUCUGGCUACUACGUUUUGACAGCCAAGCAGCGCAAGAGCCUUUCCCACCAUCAGAAGAAGCUUGCCAAAUCGCACAGUUUCUACAAACCCGAAGAAACCUUCACACACUUCUCCUUUCCCCUCGGCUAUCUCAUGGCUAUUGUUAUCCUCUUGGACUUCCACAGCUGUCUCCAGAUUUCCCUGGGUUGCACAACUUGGGCUAUCGACUACCAUAAGAAAAAUCACUCUGCUAUUACCUCCACCAUAUUGUCUAUUUCAAUAACUUGUAACAUAACGGCCGGGCUGGUGAUCGCCCUCGGUGGCCGCAAGACGCGGAAAAAGGAUAUCCAUGACCUGAUGAGCCGACAGGAGCUAACGGGGGAUGCCAUCAAGCACCUCGAAAAUAAACGCAAGAAGAAGCAGGAAAAGGAAGAGAAGAGGGCGAACCGCUCAGGGGGAAGUUCGAACGAGCGGCUUGACGAAGCAAGUGGUUCUGAUAAGGACAUUCCCGGCCGUGAGAAGGAAACGAUGGACUACAGAGCAUUGGGUGAGCAAAAGUAAGGCAUGACUUAUGCAUUGCUCGACACUCUGGCGUUGGCCUUGCAUUGUUCUGCGAUCGCAUCUAUCCAGAUAUUCCGAUUACUUGACUUGAACAAGUUCACGCUCUCAUUCCGACCCCGCCUCUAUGUGUCGCCGCGGAGCUGGCCGUUUGCAAUCUUGCUGCUAGCACUGUGUAACAUUGGGCUCUGAAGCCUAUGAGUCGAUACCCGAGGUGGGUUGGUCACUCUGCGUCAGGUCCUUGCGCACUGGUGGAGCGGCCAAAUCCGCGCCCAGUGUCGUCGUCGGCGUUUGCGAACACAUUGGUACGGAUUGUGUUUAAACAAUUGCAUCGCUUGUUGACUGCGCUCGAGUCCUGUGGCUAGGGUGCUCCCAUCGCGCUGGCUAGUACAGGUCCCAAC